CUCGUUCUAGAAAAAUAUAUUCUGAAUAUUUACUUUUUAGUUUACAGAUGGAUUUUAAAGAAUUGUAUGAAAAAGCCCAGAAAAAUGCUAAAAAGGAGGAGAAAAAAGUUAAAGAAGCUAAUCGUGAAAUGGAAAGUCGUAAACGAAAACAAGAUGAGUUAAUGGCUAUUGAAAGAUCUCGACAAAAGUUUGAUUUAAAAAGGAGAAUUCUUCAACAUAAAGAGCAAAUUAAAAAUUCAACUGAACAAAAAAAGAAAAAUUCUCAAGAAAACAACGUUAAUAAUCUACCAAAACAGGAUUUUGUUGAUAGAAAGAAAAUAUCUAAUAAGAACUUAGAAGUUAAAAGAUCUACCGACACACAAACUGCAAAUAAAAUUAAUCCAACGAAGCAAUUAAAUGGUUCCAAAGUGUCUAUUGCAAAACCAACACCACGUCUACCUGCACAGAAUUUUACUAGUUUAUUGGAACAAGCAAAGAGGAAUGAUUCUUCUGCUGUAGAGCAAUUAUAUAAUGAAUUAGAGUCUUCUUCGAAAUUAAAUAAAAAAGUUAUUCCACAACAGCCAAAAAAGUUAUUGUCAACAGAUGGAUUGGGGGUUACUGCUGGAUUAAAUCUUUCUCAUUCUGCUGCUCGAGAAAAACAGAAAGAGCUUAAACAAAAAAGUAAAAUUGAAGCACAAAUGGCUGAACGAGCUGCUUUAAAUUCACAAAAAUCUGUUAACAAUAUGCCAAACAAAGUAAUUAAUACAAAAAUGCCUCCUAACAACCAAAAAUUAAUAAUUUCUCAAUUUUCUACAACAAAAAAUUAUUCCCAACCCUCAACAGAUUUAUCUCAUAAAAAGCUUUCUUCAUUGGCAACAAAUGGGCGUGAGAAGCAAGAAUUGUCGAGAAUGAAUGGUCCACCUAUUAACAAAACUAUAACCAAAAAGUAUUUUAUACUUUAA